CAUAACUGUCAUUUUCUUAUCAUUCUACGUCGUCGUGUUUUUACCAAAAAUUGUGUUUUUUUUUGCAAAAAUUUAAUUUUUUUCGUAAAUUUUGAUAUUUUUAAAAAUGUCUUUUGUUCGUAAUUUGCGACAAUGUGUCGGAAAACUGCGACAUCACUCCAAAAUCUCACAAAUUAAGCGAUUUCAAUGCACAACAUCGUCUAUGAGCCAAAAAUCCCUUCAAGAUGACUCUCAAUCGCCUGCCUUUCCGGGUUUCGCUGACGUUCAAUACGUGUCACGUCCCACAAUUGUGUUGCCCGAAGAAUUUCAAAAAAUUCCCAUUUAUCGGGUGAUGAAUCGCGAUGGCGUGAUCGAAGAUUCGUCGCAAGACCCGAACUUGAGUCAGGAAAUGGUGACAAAAAUGUUCCGGGACAUGGUUUUGCUCGACACGAUGGACAAAAUUUUGUACGAAUCUCAGCGGCAAGGCAGAAUUUCCUUCUACAUGACGAAUUUUGGCGAAGAAGCGGUGCAAAUUGGGGGAGCAGCGGCACUUGACAACGAAGACAUGAUUUACGGGCAAUAUCGGGAGGCAGGAGUGCUUGUAUGGCGCGGAUUUACAAUUUCCGAGUUUGUGAAUCAAUGUUUCGGCAAUUCCGAAGACGAAGGCAAGGGGAAACAGAUGCCCGUGCAUUACGGAAGCAAACGUUUGAAUUUUGUGACAAUUUCGAGUCCAUUGGGUACUCAAACGCCCCAAGCUGCGGGUGCUGCUUACGCUUUGAAGCUGAAAAAAGACAAUAAACGAUGCGUUGUCACGUACUUUGGCGAAGGAGCUUCGUCUGAAGGCGAUGUUCAUGCUGCUUUUAACUUUUCCGCGACACUCGGAUGUCCCUUGAUCCUAUUUUGUCGCAAUAAUGGAUACGCAAUUUCGACCCCGGCUCAUGAGCAGUACAAAGGAGAUGGAAUUGCAUCACGAGGACAUGGUUACGGCAUUGCAGCGAUGCGUGUUGAUGGCACAGAUAUCUUUGCGGUGUACAAUGCGAUGAAGAAAGCGAAGGAAUAUGUCGUUAAAAAUAACAAACCGAUAAUUUUUGAGACUUUGGCUUGUCGUAUCGGACAUCAUUCGACGUCGGAUGACAGCAGUGCGUAUCGCAACAUUGGAGAUUUGGAAGUUUGGAACACGACGGAGCAUCCGAUCACGAAAUUGAAGAAUUAUAUGAAAGCUCGCGAAUGGUGGAAUGAGGAAGAAGAGAAGAAUUUUGUCAAAUCAGUGAGAAAACAAAUUUUGUCGCAAGUUAAUCAAUCGGAGAAGAUUUUGAAGCCGGAUUGGAGAGAAAUGUUCAAUGAUGUUUACCAUGAAAUGCCGAAACAUUUGAAGGAACAAAUGGAUGAAUUGGAACAACAUAUCAAGGAACACCCAAGCCACUAUCCUCUCAAAUCAUUCAAGGGCUAAGCAAAAUCCAUCGUCGAUGAGCUACAACUACCUGGUGUUUGCAUUUAUUAGCAUUAAAUUUUAUUUUUUUACUACUGAAACAACGUCUUCCGCCAUAUUUUUAUAAAAUUUUGUUAAAAAUGUGCCUUUAAAUAAAUAUUUUUAUCCCAA